AUGUCUUACUCUUCUCAUCUUCAUACAACUACUCAGCCCCCUUGGGCCACUGAAAAGACGGUCCAGGACUCCCUGUCAGCGGCACUGGCAGGUCUGAGUCCAUGCAAUUCUGCUGUGACUUGGACAGACCCCAAAUUUGCAAUGAACUCGCUGGAAGGCAGCACCACCCCUACCCUUUCCUGCACCUCCCAAUAUGCGGCAGCAGUUCAAAACAAUGCGAGACCGCUUCUGCAGAAUCAAGAAGUUCUAUUUCUGAAUGACGCACCAACCACCGUGACUGCCACAGUGAAGCGCAUCUGCAGGGAGAAGACUGGUACUGACUGGCAGACAGUCCUCGAUAUUAUCAAGUAUGGCGAAGAAACACAAACCAUGCACAACGAACUUCAGCGGCGCGAUCACGAGGAUGAUGGGCAGUGCGAAUAUGUAUUGCAUAUGCUGGAGGCUGACGUGCCUGCCACGAAUGGCGGUAUGAACACCUUAGGGUGGAGAGACCGAAGCGCCAACUUGAACCGGUCGAGGAACGCUAGUAUAAUUAUUCCAAAUAUUUUACUCAAGGUGUUCCGAAUGCUCGAAAUGCUUCGCAGCGUGACGGAUGUGCACGUUAAGCUCCGUUGUCCGGUAAUGACUGAGAUAGUGGUGCUGAAGAGUCCAGACAUGACAAAUGGUAGUAAAGCCGUUGUAUCUGGGAAUGUAGGUGGCAGAGGUGGUGGCAGAGGAAAAGAAGUAGUCUGUGCAGAUGACGACUCGGAGGAGAGCUGUCUCAAAAACUUGCUCUUUGGUGUCCCAUACGCCGCUCCUGGGAAGGCUCGCAAGGAAAUCGUUGUUGUGUUUGAUGAGGAAGCAGAGGAUGGGCAACUUGAAGUAGGAAGAGAGUUUGAAAUGUUGCUUGACCCGGAUGUAGUACUAAUAAUUGCCGCUGGAUUGCCCCAGCGUGGCCAGGCUCCGCAAGACUACUAUAGCUACGAACUCAUAACGCUGGAUGUCGCCAAACUUUUCACGGGUACUCCACUCCACAUGGUGCCGGGUUAG